CACGUCAAAGUGACGGAAGAAAGAGGUGGAUCAGGGGCGGGUCACUUAACACUACGAAUGUGUACAGCCAGCCAGGCAGGCAGCCUGAGUGGCAGAGAAACAGAUACAUCAAGACGAGCAGUAAGCAUUUGAGAGUGUCUUUGAACAUACCAAGAAUGGACAUAGACAGAUUGAGGGAAAGACUGGCCGAGGCUGGGCAGUCCCACCUCCUGCAGUUCUGGAAUGAGCUCAGUCCAGAGGAACAGACCGAGAUGAGCCAGGAUCUGGAGGGCAUGGACUUCAAGGAGAUCAAUGGAUUCUUCAAGAGCGCCAUGGAGACGUCCAGUCAAGCUAAACAGGAGAAGGUUGACAGUCGAAUGGAGCCAGUGCCCAGAGAAGUUCUUGGGAGUGUGACUCGCGAUCGAGAGUCUCUCAAAGAUUGGGAGAAAGAGGGACUCCGCUGCAUUGCCCAGAACAAAGUUGCCGUUCUUUUGCUGGCUGGCGGGCAGGGGACCCGACUGGGCGUCCCAUACCCCAAAGGCAUGUACGACGUUAAGCUGCCCUCGCACAAAACCCUCUUUCAGAUCCAGGCCGAGCGCAUCCUGAAGCUCCAGCAGCUUGCUGAGCAGCAGCACAACACCAAGUGCUGCAUCCCCUGGUACAUCAUGACAAGUGGGAGAACAAUGGAGUCUACCAAAGAGUUCUUCUCAAGACAUAGCUACUUUGGCCUCAGCCAAGACAAUGUUAUAAUCUUCCAGCAAGGCAUGCUUCCAGCCAUGGAUUACAGUGGUAAAAUCAUCCUGGAGAGUAAGGGGAAACUCUCUAUGGCUCCAGAUGGCAAUGGGGGUCUGUACAGGGCCCUCGACACUCAGAAGACAAUCGAGGACAUGCAGAUUAGGGGCAUCAGCUGUAUCCACGUGUACUGCGUGGACAACAUCCUAGUGAAGGUGGCCGACCCGGCCUUCAUCGGCUUCUGUGCGCUGAAGGGAGCCGACUGUGGAGCAAAGGUAGUGGAGAAGACCAAUCCCACCGAGGCCGUGGGCGUGGUCUCCAAAGUGGACGGACGCUACCAAGUGGUGGAGUACAGCGAGAUCACCUUGGCGACGGCGGAACGACGGAGCUCGGAUGGGCGGCUGAUGUUCAACGCCGGCAACGUGGCCAAUCACUUCUUCAGCCUGUCGUUCCUGAGCGACGUCGUCAAAACCUAUGAGCCUCAGCUUCAGCACCAUGUGGCACAGAAGAAAAUCCCCUAUGUGGACACACAAGGCCAGCUAAUCAAACCCGACAAACCCAACGGGAUUAAAAUGGAAAAAUUUGUCUUUGACAUCUUCCAGUUCGCCAAGAAGUUUGUGGUGUACGAGGUGCUGAGAGAGGACGAGUUUUCUCCGCUGAAGAACGCUGACAGCCAGGAUGGGAAGGACAACCCCACCACAGCACGCCACGCCCUCAUGUCCCUCCAUCACCGGUGGGUGCUCAAUGCCGGCGGACAUUUCACGGAUGAGAACGGCACACGAGUCCCCGCAAUCCCCAGACACGGACCAGCAGGGAGUGUUUCACCCGGUGUCACCCAGAACUUGAAGGAUGGCACAGACCUACCAAUCAAAUGCGAGAUCUCACCACUUGUCUCCUAUGGGGGAGAGGGAUUGGAAGAAUUGGUGAACGGCCAUGAGUUUCGCCCCACACUGGUCAUUGACAAAGAUGGACUCCAUCAACUGGUCAAGAACGGAUUGUGAGGAACAAGAUGGCGGCAGUCGAAGAACCAAAUGGAAACUCCUUCAUCUGUUUGCCUCUCGAACUGGGGAAACUGUGAAGUUAUUGUGCAAUAAAAUGAAGGAAGGAAGCAUCUUGUAGCCAACUGCACAAAAUCCUGUUAAAAGAUUUAGAUAUUUAUUUUGUGAAGACUUAUUUUUUUUAUCUGCACCUUGUCACCGGUUCUGGCCAAUAUUUGCAUUUAUCCCUUAAAUUGUACAUAGAUUUUCAGCACAGAACAAU